UUUGAGUGCUGUUGGUGCCGGGACAGAAAUGCGCGCGGGGCAGCAGCGUGCCGUCAGUGUCCAUGCAGUUGUGUCUCACUUGUGUUGGAACAGCUCAUGAUCACCAACACUGACUGGCCCGGAAAGGCAGUGAAGCAGAAAACCGACACCUGCAAUCGUGCAUCUCACGCCGACAUCGAGAGAGAGCGCAGACUCUAUGUGUUUAAGAGAGCCCGAUUCCUCACGACUACCAUCGCAUCUUAUCUCUAAGGGCAUUCAGCCAUUGUGUGCCCUUGAUAUCGAGGUUUUUGACAACUGCGGAAUUUGUUCCACUCUUUGUAGAGCCUGAGCCGCCUGCCUCCCGCCCAACCUCAAAUAGCCUGGAAAAAUGACAUCCGCCAACUCCACUUCCGCAACCACUAUUCUUUGCACAUGCAAACAAACCCGCUUUCACAUCUCUGAUCGUCCCAACUACCGCGAGCUUGACAUCUCAGGCCUCAACAUCACCAUCGUGCCCGGUGCCUCUUCCCCCUCGUCAACAACUACAAAGAAAGGGAAGGGUAAGGCUGGAGCAGAGGGUACCGAGAUCCUGAGCAAUGCCGACCUAAAGCUCAAGGCGGGCGCACGAUACGCUCUUGUCGGCCGCAACGGGGCUGGCAAAUCCACUUUGCUGAGGGCCAUCAGCAAGAAGCUUAUCCCCGGAAUACCGGAGGAGGUCAGAGUGGGAAUACUCCAACAGACUGGUAUACCUGACGACGCAGACGACGAUGAGUGGAAGGACGGAGGGCCCGAAACAGGAGGGCAGACAGUACUGGAGCAGGUGGUAGACCGAGCUACUGCUAAGGGUGAGGUGGAGAGGGACAUCAAACAAUUGACUAAAGGAGUCAACGAUCCUGACCCAUAUGGGACUCUGAGGGCUGUGCGGAAGUUGAAGUACGAGAGAAUGCAAAAGAAGCUGUUUGUCUUGGACAAGGACGCCAGUCUAAGGAGCGGAGCGAGGGGGUUACAGGCCAGAAAGGCGUUGGUGGAAUUUGAGAAGGAGGUUGAAAAAGCUGAAAAGAUGAAUGAUCAGCCAGAGGAGGAAAUCUCGGCCGAGAUACUGCAAGCAGAGAUCCAAGAGGCGGCAGAUAUGCUUGUGGAGCUGGAACUACAAGUCGAACCAACUCGGUUGGCUGACAUUGAGUCCCAGGCAAAGAAAAUCUUGACCGGCCUAGGGUUUACGGAUACUUACAUGGCCAGGCCCGCAAACACCCUCUCAGGAGGAUGGCAGAUGCGGAGUAACCUUGCCGUGGCUCUGCUUCAGGAGACAGACAUCCUGAUUCUGGACGAGCCGACCAAUUUUCUCGACCUUCUCGGUAUCAUCUGGCUUCAGAAGUACCUGGAGGGGCUGGAGGAUAUUCACCCUACACCUCCCACUCUAAUCUUGGUGUCCCACGAUCGCGACUUCACCUCCACGGUGUGCACUGAUCUGAUGAUACUCAAAGACAGGGGCCUCGCCUACUUCCACGGCGACCUGCCAACCUACGAGGCUGCCCAGGCCGAGCGGAAGCUCUACCUCACCAAGAUGAAAGACGCCCAAGACAAGCAGAAAGCCCACAUUCAAGACUCCAUCCAAAAAAAUAUGGCUGCGGGCCGGAAGAACGACGACCAGAACAAGCUCCGCCAGGCCAAGUCCCGUCAAAAGAAGCUCGACGACCGUUGGGGCAUGCAAGUUAACGCAAAGGGCCACAAAUUCAAGCUCAACCGUGACAUGGCUGGCUAUCACGAAUCGGCAAGAGAGGCAAUUGACAUCCCUAAAGAUGACAAGUGUGUGUCUAUCUCUUUGCCUCUUCCGCCAGACCUCCGCUUCCCCGGCCCGUUGAUAUCACUUGAGAAUGUCAGCUUCCGCUACAAGAUCAAAGGCAGGCCGGCUCACCUGGUUGUACCGACGCUCCAAGACAUCACCCUGUCUGUCUCCAUGGGCGACCGCAUUGGCAUUGUCGGUCUCAACGGUGCUGGCAAGUCGACACUCAUCCGGCUACUAGUCUCGGAUCCUACCUCGUCGACUUCUGGAUCGAUGUCCGGUGCAAUUCAGAAACACCCGCGGCUCAAGCUAGGGUAUUAUUCCCAGCAUGCAGUCACCAGCCUGCUAUCUCUUGGCCGGGCAACACCAUCUCUCACCGCUCUAUCUCUUUUAAUGUCCGAAACUGCUGGAGUGAUGGAAGAACCAGACGUGCGGGGACUGCUAGGAUCUCUCGGUCUCCCAGGCCGUCUGGCAUCUAAUGUGCCGCUGGCAAAACUUUCCGGUGGCCAGCUCGUCCGUUGCGAAUUGGCCAGGUUGCUCUGGAGUCACCCACACUGCCUGGUGCUGGAUGAACCGACAACUCAUCUUGACUACGAAACUGUCACGGCCCUGCGGGAAGCGCUGAGAUACUGGCCCGGCGCCGUUGUCUUGGUGUCCCACGACCGUUGGUUCGUCAAGGGUGCUGUGGAGAAUCUGAAGGAUGAGGAUGUGGACAGUGAUGGUGAAGCCAACGAUGGUGAGGAAGACGAGGAGGAGCAAAAAAGGAGGAGACUGGUGUAUAAGCUCGUUGCUGGGAAGGAAGGGGGCAAGAUGACGUUGCUUGAUAAGGGUGGUGUCAGCCAGUUUGAAGAGGGAGUGGAGAAGAAGGUGAGGAAGAUGAUGGCCACCUAGGCUUCGAGGUAGUUUGAAGUCCGAAU